CCUGACAUAAACAAGAUGGCGGCCGCCGGGGGAGUCGCCGCGAACAGCGGCAACGAUUUGCGAAGUGAGAUUGACGCUUAUGGCUUCAGGAGACCAGACGAUUUUGACUAUGAUACCUACGAGCAGUUCAUGUCGCAGUACCUCAGCGUGCUGGCGCGUAGGGCGGGCAAAUGGAACAAGGCCAUGGACGGCAAGAAAAAGGUCAAAAAGACAACUAAAGUUAAAAGAUACAUUCGGAAGGGAAUCUCCAACGAGUAUCGCGGGGCGGUGUGGAUGUACGUCAGCGGAGCCGAGAACAUGAAAGCAGACAACCCAGGCUUGUAUCAGAGACUACUGGACGGUCCAAAAGACGACGAGCUGUUGGAGGUCAUUAAGACAGAUCUCCACCGAACCUUCCCAGAGAACAUCUACUUCUGCAACGACUCGACAGUCAGCAAACGGUCGUCGCUGCAGAACGUGCUGGUGGCGUUCGCCCACAACCACCGGACGGACGGCUAUUGCCAGGGACUCAACUUCAUCGUGGCCCUGAUGCUGCUGAUCGUCCGGGACGAGGAGAGUUGCUUCUUCCUGCUGGAGACCCUCGUUAAAAGAAUCUUGCCAGCCUACUACACCCGACAGAUGACCGGCCUGAAGACUGACCAGGAGGUCCUAGGCGAGCUGGUCAAGCAGAAGCUCCCAGAGGUCAGCCAGCGGAUGGAGAGGGAGUCAGUCCCCUGGUCAAUACCGACCACCAAAUGGUUCAUCUGUCUGUUCCUUGACGUCCUUCCCAUUGAGACAGUCUUGCGGAUCUGGGACUGCAUGUUCUACGAAGGCUCCAAGAUUCUCUUCAGGGUCUGCCUGAGCUUGAUCAAGCAGAACCAAGACGUCAUCUUGUCGGCCAGCAACUUCCCCACACUGGUGGAGUCGUUCAAGAAGGUCACGCUGCACUCUAGGAACACAGAUUGCCACAGCUUCAUGAAGAAUGUGUUUUUGGACUCACAGCCCCUAGGCAGGGCCACUAUUGAGAAGCUGCGAACCGAGUGCCAAACAAGCGAGACCAAAUAAAAACAAAAGGUACUUUUUUUUGUGGACAGCCGAUUUCACCCGAGUUACAUUUAUGUAUCUUACUCUGCAACAAAACGUCUUGAAUUCUCAAGUGCAAAAGACACAAAAAAUGCAUAUGAAUUCAUUCCUUGUUUCUUAUCUACUUUUUUUUUUUAAGUGAAGAGGUUUCGUUCUAUCGUGCCUUGCAUGCUGGUGAGUUAAAAUCAAGUCGGUCACAAGUCAAUCACAAGGCAGGUUACAAUCCAAGUAAAAGUAUUAAGUCGAUUUGGAUUUUUUUUUUUUUCAGGCCCUUUAGGCAUCUUCCCUGC